AUGGACCGUGAUCAACCUUCACCUAUUAAUUCUGAAAACCUUUCGAUUAAUCCGGCUCAUCAAGAAGCUCAAGUGCCACUUCCGACCUAUGAUUUUGUGCCACCGCGCACCCAACGGUCGCCAGCACCGACACAAAACACACCACCACCGCAAGAUUCAGGUUCAUCUCCAGGACUAGCUCUAUCUCAAAAUUUAGCUCCACACCCAAGUUGUCCAUCGCCAGCUUCAAGUCCUGUCCUCGCACCUUCAGUGCUAGCGCCACAUACGGUACCCCGGAUAAAGGAAGUCAAUAAAGGUCGACGUAACAACUCGACGUAUACGGAUGAAUUACGUGAGACAUUUCUCGUCACAUUUCUUGACGGCGCCGCCUCGGACUUUUAUUUUCAGUUCCUGGACGAGUUUAUCGACUUACACAACCGCAAUCAUUCGUACCAAGAAGUCCAAGAAGCUUUGCGUGAAGAGUUCCGGUGCAAGCUAUCGCAAUCACGCCUGAGCGACUAUCUAAACAAGCCUAAGAAACCAGAGCAAACAUGGCACGGGUACUACGCAUAUCUGCGCCACGUUGGGAAAGAAAUGGGCGGUGAUCAAAACGCCCUUAUUCUGGAAGCAUUUUGCAAAAAUGCCUCCACAGAUCCAGGGAUCCAGCUUCAGCUCGCCAGCGUCAUUGACUACAACGCUACCAACAUCAACGACGAGAUAAAUAAAGCUUUUACGCUCCUAGAGAAGCUUUUGGGUGAUGGCCGCAAGUCGAGUAGCCACAGCCAGCGUUCUUCAAAUGCAAGUGCAAAUAUAAAUAAAGCCUCUGCAGCUUCAGCGACAGCAUCUACGCAAGUUUCAGCGAAACCUAAAUUACCUCAGUGCAGCUCCACGAGUCGCUCGCGACCCAAAGACGGCAUUAAACCAUUCUGGGUCUGCAAGACGACAGAACAUAAAACAUUUGACUGCCCAGUGAUCCAAGACGCUCAACGCCGAGUCGGACAAGCCAGCGUUGCCACCGCAGUAAGCCCUUCUGAUCAUGCCGCCGAAUCGUAUGUCGUCGAGGGUGCUGACGACACUAUUAUCGACUCAACUGGGGAAUGUUUCUUUCUCGGGUCGGCAGAAGAGUGUAUCGAUCAUGGAUCUCCGUUGGACUCUCCUACCCCUAAUGCCUUUAUUGGUGCUGACGCAUGCAUCGUACUUCAAUCCCGCGACGCUAAGUUGCCAACUUCGACAAAGUGGUUUAUUGACAGCGGCGCUACCCAUCAUUUUACAAACAACGCAUCUGCAAUUAUCACGCCCACACCCAGUUUCUUAUGA